UACGGUUGUGGACCAAAACCGCAUAACUAAUGGCAGCGGCCGCCCGCAACCAACACGCAAAUAAAAUAGCUUUUGUAUAGUUUGAUAAACAAAUAAACAUGCCAGCUGAUUCAAGUAUAGUAGCAGGGGAAGAAAGGAAGGAAGAAAUCCUGUUUCAAAGUCUCUCCGAGAGAUCGAAGCAUGAAGAUUUUAUUAGGCGGGCGGUUGAUUUGCUAGUGGAAAGGGUGGUUUUUGGUCGAGCUUCGAGAAGUUCGAAAGUUGUUGAGUGGUCAGCUCCUGAGGAUAUCAAGAAGGCGAUAGACCUGAAGCCUCGGGAUGGGCCUGCUUCUCACGAGGAACUGCUGGCUUUUAUGGCUGAUGUUGCACGAUACUCUGUCAACACGGCGCACCCUUACUUUGUGAACCAGCUUUUUUCAUCGGUCGAUCCAUAUGGUCUCGUCGGGCAAUGGCUUACCGAUGCCCUGAAUCCUAGUGUUUACACCUUUGAGGUAGCUCCUGUGUUCACUCUGAUGGAAGAAGAGGUUCUUCGCGAAAUGAGGUCGAUUGUAGGCUGGCCUCAAGGAGACGGCGAUGGAAUAUUUUGUCCUGGAGGAUCAAUAGCUAACGGAUAUGCUAUAAGUUGCGCACGGUUCUACUUUUAUCCAGAAAUAAAGAACAGAGGCGUUUAUGCAGUGCCAAAGCUAGUGCUCUUCACCUCAGAAUUAGCUCACUAUUCCACUAAAAAGAUGGCCGUCUUUAUGGGUAUUGGUAGUGACAAUUGUAUUUUAGUAAAAGCUGACGAAAAUGGUAGAAUGGAUGUUCAUGAUUUAGAGAGAAAGAUCAAUGAAGCAUUAGAGGACGGAGCCACGCCGUUUCUGGUGACUUCUACUUCUGGUACAACUGUCUUCGGGGCCUUUGAUCCUAUAGUACCCAUAGCCAAUUUGUGCAAGAAAUAUAAUCUGUGGUUACACGUAGACGCAGCGUGGGGAGGUGGUGCAUUAAUGUCGAGGAAACACAGGAAUUUAUUAAACGGAAUUGAGCUUGCAGAUUCAGUGACGUGGAAUCCUCACAAGCUGUUGGCUGCACCACAACAAUGCUCUACCUUCCUACUCAAGCACAAGAAUGUUCUUAAAGCAGCGCAUUCAUCAGAUGCACAGUAUCUCUUCCAAAAAGAUAAAUUCUACGACACAUCAUACGACACUGGUGAUAAACAUAUUCAAUGCGGGCGUAGGGCUGAUGUACUAAAAUUUUGGUUUAUGUGGAAGGCGAAAGGAAAUGAAGGAUUCGAAAAACAUGUUGAUAAACUCUUCGAUAACGCCGAAUACUUCCUCGAACACAUUAAGCAGAGAGAAGGCUUUCGUCUGGUAAUCCAGAAACCAGAGUGUACUAAUAUCAUGUUCUGGUAUAUUCCCAAGUGUCUCCGAGGUUGUGAGAAUGAGCCGGAUUACAAUGAAAGGUUACACAAAGUAGCGCCUAAAAUAAAGGAACGAAUGAUAAAGGAAGGGAGCAUGAUGGUCACGUAUCAGCCACAAGGAAAUCUCGUCAACUUUUUCCGCAUUGUUUUUCAGAACUCCGCACUUGAUCGGAAAGAUAUGAUCUACUUCGCGAACGAGUUUGAAAGGCUCGGAUCAGAUAUAAUUAUUUAGAUGAAUACUUUAAUAGGAAAUGUGCAUAACCUUGUAGGGAUUUUAAUUGAUAUUUCAUCAUAAUAUACCUAACCUGUGAUUUUUAUUUAUUAAAUAGCUUUAUAUUCAUUACAUUUAUUGGAUGUUAUGAGUUUACCUAGAUAAAUUAUUAUGAUAAGUCUAUAAAUUAAAUGAUGUAUAGACAUUU